CUUCUUCUUCCUUCUUCUUCCUCUUCGUUAAGCUCUGCGGCAACCAUUGUGGCAACUAACAACUUGGAAGCUAUAUUUGAGCCCAUUUCCCUCCCUCUCUUACUCCAUUCUCAACUACAUUGUUCCACCAUCUAUUCUCUCUCUUGCGUUCGGUUUCGAUUUGGGGAUUUUGCUGACACUCCUCACUUCAAUAUUCUGGGUUUCGAUUUGGGGAUUUUGUUGCAUCAACUUCAUACAAUACUUCUCACUUCAAUUUUCUGAUGGGUAGCAUUAGCCACAACCAAGUCACGGUCUCCAUAUGCUUCAAAAUUAUACUUUAUGUGCUCGUCUUCAUCGUAUCUCAAGUCGACGCUCAAAACACUCCCCACCAACUAAAUAUCACGUUCAUAGCAGAUGCCAUAACAAAAGGGGCCGGUAAAACUUGUACUACUUUCCAAUAAUUUAUUUAUUACUACUAAUGCUAGUAUUUUAGUUAUGAUUUGAUGAUAAAACAAUAUAAUUGCACUUUUCCAAGGGAUUCGGAGAUGGAAUCAAUAGUUGGAAGGUUUAUCUACCGGGAGGAGCAUGGUGUGCUACAAAAGAAGGAUGCCUCAAUAGAAGCAGCACAGGGUUAGGGUCCAACAAAGAUCAUCCUCCUCUACAUAUAUCUUUGGGUACUUUCCAAAGUCAUAACAAAACAAUAAAUCCAGAUUUUUAUAACUAGAAUUUUGUUGCGAUCCAGUACUGUGACGGUGCUUCAUUUAUGGCAGAUGUUGAAGCCGUCAAUCCGGAAACAAAUCUCCAUCUAAGAGGCCGGAGAAUCUUCACCUCUGUAAUUGAAGAGCUCAUGAGUACUCAAGGAAUGAGUAAUGCUGAAAAUGCUUUACUCAUAGGAAACUCGGCAGGUGGGUUGGCGACGAUCCUAAAUUGUGAUCGUUUCCAUUCUUUCCUACCUGGUGCCUGUCGUGUAAAAUGCAUUUCAGAUUCUGGCUUCUUUAUUCGAGCGGAACAUCUCCGUGGAGCUCAUGACAAUGCCAUAGCCAACUUUCGCAAAGUAGUUUUAUUUCAUGAAUUAGCCCAAUUUCUACCGGAGUCAUGCACACAAAGACUUGCUCCAGAAUUGUGUUUUUUCCCGGAAAAUGUGGUCAAUGAUAUCCGGACGCCAUUGUUUUUGCUAAACUCAGAUUUUGACAAAUAUCAAAUAUUCAAUUACGUAGCACCAAAUUCGCCUAACGAAGUGGGUUGGAAGAAUUGCACUACAGAAUUUAGCAAGCUUUCAAGUUGCACAGAAAAUCAACAACAUAUCAUAAUGGAUUUUCAGACCACGUUUCUGGAAACAUUGGAGAAACUAGAUGAUAAUCCAUCAAGAGGAUUAUUCAUCACAUCGUGCUAUGCCCAUGAUUUUAUUUACUAUCCAUCCAAUUGGCAAAGAAUACCGACUUUGCAAAAUAAGACAAUUCAGCAAGUGUUAGGUGAUUGGUAUUUCGAAAGAAGCAGUGUUCGCCUUAUAGACACUCAAAAUUUACAUCCAAUUAACUGCCCGAUAUAGUACAGAUCCAUUAAGUUUAUCUAUUUUUCCAUUGUGUUCUCACUGAUGGAUUGGAUUAUCAAGAUCCAGAAUGUUCUAAGCUUUUGCCUCCGGAUUGUCUGGAUUCAUAUUACCAUGAAAUGUGCAAAAAUGCAUCUGAUGCAGUGGACGUUCCGGAUAAAUGUUGCGGCUACUUUAUCAUCACACUUAACGCUGGCUGCUUCUUUCACGGCCUCGUUAAACAAUUUGAGAGUAUGCACCUUUGCGACGAUAAGCUAGACCCUGGCAGGGCUCAAAUCAUUUGGGACAAGUGCUAUGGCUACACAAAGCUGUAAUAUGUACACUACAUAUAGCGGCUGUUGAAAAUAAAAAUACAUCAUGAUGUUAUAAUAUCACAUCUUCUAUAUAAUUGUCAACUUACUUUUA